CUUGACUUCUGCUAGGAUCCCAGACCCUGGCAUCAAUUUCAUGAUGAUAGCUUGGUGAUAACUCACACCUCAGAGAUCUUGAAACCUGCGAAGUACUCGAAAGACUGGGGAUAGAGGCCGGCCCAGUGAUUCACACCUUCAACUCACCCCUCUACGACAACCUUACGGUGUAGUCCUUCAAGAUGGUGACACCGACUUCAUCAAGUGCCGGCGCCCGGUCACUCAUCAGGACCUUUGUCCGUCAUUACUCUGCUCCUGUGGACUCUUCAAUUCCAGCUUCCAAAGUCAAAUAUGUACCCACAUCUGGCACAUAUCCCAAAGGAUUCAACGUUUCAGCUACAUACGUUGGCGUCAAGGCAGCCAACAAAUCCAACCCUGACCUAGCAUUCAUCACGUCAGAUCGACCUGCAUUUGGCGCUGCAGUCUUUACGACCAACAAAUUCCAAGCCGCACCCGUCCAAAUAUCUCGAUCCGUCCUAGAAAAACGAGGCGGCGCCGGCAUCCGCAGCAUCAUCAUCAACUCAGGCUGUGCGAACGCCGUCACAGGAAAGGGCGGCAUGGAAGACGCGCAAGCCAUGUCUGACACAGCAACUGCACAAUUCCAACAAUCAUCUCAACCAGAAGACGGCCAAGGAUCCAACAGUCUCGUCAUGUCGACAGGAGUGAUCGGUCAACGACUCCCCAUCAAGAAGAUUCUCUCUAAGAUCCCUACCGCCCACUCCAAUCUCGCCGACACUCAUGCUGCCUGGCUAGCGACCGCCAAAGCAAUCUGCACGACCGACACAUUCCCCAAACUCCUCUCCACUACAUUCCGACUCCCGUCCCAUCCAGACACAGAGUACCGCCUUGCCGGCAUGACCAAAGGUGCCGGGAUGAUCCAUCCCAAUAUGGCCACUCUCUUGGGAAUCCUCGCCACCGAUGCAUCCAUCUCCGCCACGGCAUUACAAAGCCUGUUGACCAACGCCGUAACUCAAUCCUUCAACUCCAUCUCCAUCGAUGGCGACACAUCCACCAACGACACAGUCGCCAUCCUCGCCAACGGCGCCGCCACACCCUCCCCAUCCACCCCAUCAAUCUCCUCCCCCGAGUCCGAAGACUACAUGGCCAUGUCUCGCAUCCUCACUGAAUUCUCGCAAAAACUAUCCCAACUCGUCGUUCGCGAUGGCGAAGGCGCCACGAAAUUCGUCCAAGUCACCGUCAAAAACGCCACUAGUUACGCCGAUGCAAAACUCAUCGCAUCAACCAUCGCACGGUCACCACUGGUCAAAACAGCCCUAUACGGCAAGGAUGCCAAUUGGGGCCGUAUCCUCUGUGCGAUUGGAUACACGCCGAAUCUGUCUGAGGGGGCCGUGGUGCCGACAAAGACGAAUGUUUCGUUCAUCCCGGCAUCGAAUUCAAAGUCGAAAGAUGAGGGGGUGUUGAGAUUGUUGGUCAAUGGUGAGCCGGAGACGGUGGAUGAAGAUCGGGCGUCGAGGUUGUUGGAAGAUGAGGAUUUGGAGAUUGAAGUCGAUUUGGGAACGGGUAGCGAGGAGGCCAAGUAUUGGUUCUGUGAUUUCAGUCAUGAGUAUGUUACUAUCAAUGGUGAUUAUCGUACAUAGAAAGUAGAAGUUUGCUUGCGGAGGGAGUGGUGUAAGUAGACUCAACAGAUAUGAAGGUGGUGUUGGUGGUGGUGGUGGUGUGGGUUGGUAGAUUAUGGAAUAUAUAUAUAUCGAAAGAUGAAUCCACCCAACAAAGUCUAUGGCACUUAAGAAUC